AUGGAUUAUUGAUAUUCCACAAUAAUUCACACACCAAGUCACUGUGCAACUCUCUGUCGCAGUCUUGAAAUUAAGAACUGCAAGCUCAACCACCGCUCUAGACAAUUUGGCCUGGCUUAUCCCAUCAUGGUGCAAGCCGAGUCGUCAGCCGCUGCUGCCCGCAACGGCCUACAAGCUUCCACAACCGGAGCCCCCCCAGACUACGAGCUACCCUGGGUCGAAAAGUACCGACCUAUAUUCCUCGACGACAUUGUCGGAAACACAGAGACGGUUGAACGCCUGAAGAUCAUCGCAAAGGAUGGCAACAUGCCCCAUGUUAUUAUUUCAGGCAUGCCGGGUAUCGGCAAAACAACAUCGAUUCUCUGCCUUGCCAGACAAUUGCUCGGAGAUACGUACAAAGAGGCAGUGCUAGAACUAAACGCAAGUGACGAAAGAGGUAUCGACGUGGUGCGAAACCGAAUCAAGGGCUUCGCGCAGAAAAAGGUUACGCUGCCACCAGGGCGGCAUAAGCUGGUUAUUCUCGAUGAAGCGGAUAGCAUGACCCCCGGCGCCCAACAAGCGUUGCGUCGCACAAUGGAAAUAUACUCGACCACUACCCGUUUCGCCUUUGCCUGCAACCAGUCCAACAAAAUCAUCGAACCGCUACAGUCCCGCUGCGCCAUUCUGCGUUAUGCGCGGCUCACAGACGCACAGGUUGUCAAGCGCGUGACGCAGAUCUGCGAGGCAGAAGAUGUCAAGUUCUCGGAAGACGGCAUCGCGGCGCUGGUGUUUAGCGCAGAGGGCGAUAUGCGGCAGGCGAUCAAUAAUCUGCAGAGCACCUGGGCUGGGUUCGGGUUCGUGAGUGGUGACAAUGUCUUUCGUGUCGUGGACAGUCCGCAUCCGAUCAAAGUGCAGGCUAUGAUCAAAGCGUGCUGGGAAGGGAAAGUAGACUCGGCGUUGGAGAUUCUGAAUGAGCUGUGGGGCCUGGGUUACUCUUCACAUGAUAUCAUUAGCACUAUGUUCCGUGUCACCAAGACAAUACCGACGUUGUCAGAGCACUCGAAGCUGGAGUUCAUCAAGGAGAUUGGCUUCACGCACAUGCGCAUUCUCGAUGGCGUGCAGACACUUUUACAACUUAGUGGUUGUGUGGCGAAGCUGUGUAAAAUAAAUAUGAAGCCAGAACUCUUUUUUAAAUACUCUUUAUACUGGCAUCCUCCCGACAUUAGCGCCAUCAACAACCUCGACACCAUCCUUGACAGCGAUGGCGUGUUUGACUUUAUCUUUAAUUCUUCCGAUACUCCAGAUGACCGGUAUGGGCAGUACAAUUAUUGUAAUAUGCCGCACGUCAGGAGGCGGGAGUAUCAGAGGGUCGCCGAAGAGUAUGAGCUUAUGUAUGUUGAAAUAAUACAUCGACAUCAUAAAAGAACACCUUAUCUAUCCAAUACAUUUCCUACUGAGAAUUAUGAAUGGAAUUGCACUGACACGCAACUAUAUCACUACGGCCAGCCUGCAGGGAAUAAUAAUAGUUCCUCUACAUUCUGGGUAGUAGAGAAUAACCCGUUUAGUUUUUUUCCGGUUGAAGGAUUUCCAGGAUCUUGUGUCUUUCCUCAGAUUACCAGCGGCGGUCUCCAUGAUUCAUGGCAGCAUGGCCGUGACAUUUUCGAGGUGUAUCAUGAUCUAUUGGGGUUUCUCCCGGACACUCUUGAUUUGGGGAAGAUGAGUUUUAGAGUCACGAAUAAUAUUAUUACGAGUCAGGUCAUUGGAAUGGUGAUUGCGGGGAUGUAUGGUGAACGGGUUGAUGUGCCAUUGCAUGUGCAGAAACCAGGAGCAGACUCACUGGAACCUCAAUACCCCUGCUCAGGUGGCAAAUCCAUAUUCGACACUAUCCUGAACCCAGACACCGGUUCCACCCCAUGGACAGUUCAUCUUGAAAAGUCAAAACCCCUUUCUAACUCCCUCGAUCUCAUUUCUGGCAUCCCCUCAGACUCAGAGGCCUGGCAUGCCAGCUACGACCACUACUUCGACAACCUCUCCUCGCGGCUCUGCCACUCUAAGCCGCUCCCCUGUACCGCCAACGACUCAUCACAAUGCAUUACACAUUCCCAAGCCAACGCCGUAUUCCGUCUUGGUCAAUGGGAAUAUUCGUAUCUGUACCGCGACGCCCCGUCUUCACUAACCGCUAGUGCGGCACUAUACGGAUUGUUUGUUGCGGAAUUAGCUGAACGGCUUCGCGAACAAAUCUCCGCUCUUAUGGCGAACAGUGGGAGUCAGGAUAGGGUGAUGUAUAGACACAAUGUUGCCCAUGACGGGAGUCUCUCCCGUUUACUUUCAAUUCUGCAGGUUAGGCAGAUGGUAUGGCCGGGAAUGGGUGCGGAGUUGGUGUUUGAGCUGUAUCGGGAGAAGGGACAAGUUGAGCAGGGCAGUGAUGGAUUCUUUGUUCGUAUUCUCUGGGGAGGCCAGGUGCUGCAGAGCUCGAAUCCAGAGCUUCAGGGCACGGGGCUGAUUAAGGCGGAGAGUGUUUUGGCGUAUUUCGAUUCUCUGGUUGGUCCUAAAGGAAGGGAUGUUAGGGGGAUAUGUCAGAUGUUGACUGAAGAAUGAUCAUGAUCUAAUAAAAUGCUGUAAACAGUUGGUUAUUUUAAUAUUUAGAAUAAUAUCUUCACCUUUUUUUCUCGCUAUC